UACUUAUUCACUGCUAGAUGGCUAUAGUGUUUCCAGUAGUCCAGUAAUUUUACACAUUUUUUAAAUGCAAUUAUAAUAAGGAUAAAUAUUUAAAGAAUUAGUUAAUAUUUCGUAUAAUUUAUUUAUAAUUUUUACAAAAAAAUUUAAUUUUAAUUUAUGAUUGAAUAAGGUAAUAAUAGACGUUUUAAAACUUCGUGCAUUCGACAAAAAAAUGCAUUUGACGAUAGAUCUAUAUCAUUUACCUUGUCUGUGAUAUAAAUAUUUUUUAUGAUCUAAUUAAAAAAGUAAUAAAUAAUAUAUUCAAUACAAAAAUGGAAGUUCUUGAAUUAAAAGAUGUAAAACCAGUACCUGAUAUUAUUCAUCUUUAUCCAAAUAGAGUAAAAUCCGAAGCGACACCGCUUGUAAUAGAUAAUGGAUCGUACAAUUGCAGAGUUGGUUGGGCUACUGAGAAAGAACCUCAAUUAGUAUUUAAAAAUCUUAUCGCUAAACCACGCAAAGAACGUGGUAAAAAGGAUGGUGAACCUCAGGUUGGAAAUGAUAUAACUAAUAUUGAAGCUGUGAGAUUUCAAUUAAAAACACAAUUUGAUCGAAAUGUAGUUACACAUUUUGAAGCUCAAGAACAGAUAUUUGAUUAUACUUUCACUCAUAUGGGAAUAGAUACGGAAGGUGCAGUGAAUCAUCCUAUAAUUUUAACAGAAGCAUUUCUUAAUCCUAAUUAUUCGAGAAAUUUGAUGGCGGAACUUCUAUUUGAAUGUUAUAAUGUACCUGCAAUAGCUUAUGGUGUGGAUUGCUUAUUUUCUUAUCAGCAUAAUAAUUGUCCGUCUGAUGGUUUAAUAAUUAGUAUUGGAUAUCAUACUACGCAUAUAAUACCUAUAUUAGAUGGUAAAGCAGAUCCUGUAAAUUCAAGAAGAAUUAAUGUUGGUGGAUACCACAUUACAUCUUAUAUGCAUAGAUUGCUUCAACUUAAAUAUCCUGUUCAUGUUAAUGCUAUAACACCUAGUCGAGCAGAGGAGUUAAUACAUGAACAUUCAAUGAUAGCUUUAAACUAUCAAGAAGAAACGUCUAAAUGGGCAGAUCCAGAUUAUUAUGAUAUGAAUGUAUUAAGAGUACAAUUACCGUAUGUUGCUCCUGCAAAUGCACCUGGUUUAACGGUUGAACAACAAAAAGAAAGAAAACGGGAAUUAGCUAGAAGAUUAAUGGAAAUCAAUGCUAGAAAAAGAGAAGAAAGAUUAGCAGAAGAUGAAGAACAAUUAAAUCAAUUAUUAGCCGUUCAAGAUUUAUUAGAAGAAGGUGAAACGGAUGAAUUCGAUCAAGCAUUGAAAACUUAUUCUCUCGCAAACGAAGCAGAUUUAAUAAAAAUGAUUAAUAAUUUGCAAGCAAAAGUAGAAAGAACUAGGCAAAAAAUAGUAGCGGCUAAUUCACAGGAGGAAAACAUCGCAAUGGAAGAACAAAAACCAAAAAUAAAAUCGAGUCUACAACCUAAAGAUCAACAAGAUUUUGACGAAUGGAUCGCUAGUGUACGAAAGAAAAGGCAAGAAAUAUUAGAAAGACGAAUGGCUAAAAGACAACGUAGACAAGAUAUGGCAAAACGUAGAACAGCAGCCGCGCAGGAAAGAAUGCGCAUAAUAAGCCAAUUAGCAAGAAAAGAAAAACGCGACGAUGAUUUCGGUAUGAGAGACGAAGAUUGGGAUGUUUAUAAAGUUAUAAAUAGGGAAGGUGGAGACUCGGAUUCAGAAGUAGAACAAGAAAAACUUAUGGAAUUGGAAGAUGUGUUGCGACAUCAUGAUCCAGAAUUUGACGGUGCCGGAUCUAAUGUCCCUAUGGUUCCUGGAGAAACUCAUCAGUUACAUGUGGGAGUAGAACGUUUGAGAGCACCAGAAAUAUUAUUUCAACCAUCUAUGAUAGGUUCCGUAGAAGCAGGCAUUGCAGAAACAAUCGAAUUCGUUUUGAAACUUUAUCCAUCCGAACAGCAAUCGCGACUCGUAGGAAAUAUAUUUCUUACUGGAGGUCCGACGAAAUUUCCUGGUUUACUUGAGAGAUUAAAUCGAGAACUUCGUGAAAUGCGACCAUUUGGAUCAAAUUUUCAAAUAAAUAUCGCAAAAAAUACCAGUAUAGACGCAUGGUAUGGCGCAAGGGAUUUUGGUCUAAAUGGAAAUCUUCCUGAAUUUUUAGUAAGCAAAAAAGAAUACGAAGAAAAAGGUGGUGAAUAUUUUAAGGAACAUUCGACCAGUAAUACUUACACUCGAUCUCCUGAUCCUUUACCUACAGUACAGACUCCUGUAACAUCAGAGCAAGUGAUAGUAGAAGAUGCUGUUGUAGACGUUGAAAUGGAAUAAAAAGAAAACAAUUUUAUAUUAAUUAUUAUAGAAUAAAAUUUAUUUAAAUAUAAGAUUCGUAGUCGAUCGUUUUUCUUUUCUUUUUGGAAAGUGAGAAGAAUAAAGAAUACGAUAUUUUUUUGUUAUGGAUAUCUACUUUAUUACACAAGUGUUUCCGUUUGUUCAUUCAAUCACGAACAAACUACAUUGUAGUCUGUUUGCUGAUCAUAAUGUACAGUUCCAAUCAAUCAUCGCCAUUUCAUCGUCAUUCAAAGAUAAUUAUGCGGGUACAUUCUGGCUUUUUGUUUACUUAUCGAGAAUAGUCGACAUUCGCUUAUUUCUUGGCGUUCGUCGAAUAAGCUAAAAAAUUGAGAAAGUGAUCCGUCAUCUCAGCAAUAGGAUUUACUACAGCGACCUCGAAAAAUUCUCCCACAUCUUUAUUCAUAGCUUAAGUUAACAUCACAAUACAAUUAUUAUAUAUAUAUAUAUAUAUAUAUAUUGAAAAAAUAUUACGAAGCCCUAUAGGCAAUUAUAUUACAGCUAAUUAUAAGUGAUUCUUUUGUGUUUCUAAUAAAGGAACAUACCGUAUGUAAACUUAUGUUCGUUUCGAACUUUUCACACGUCAUAACAUAAGAAAAGGAGAAACGAUUGGAUUAGUUUUUUCUUAACUCAAAAAAAAAAAAAAAGAAAUCAUGAUCACAAGCGCACAGCGUUUGUUACAUGUAUAUGUUUAAAACAUUCAAUGAUAAUUGUUACAUUUUUAUUUUUACGUACUCUGUGGCUACACUUUCGUCUCUUAUCACAUACAAUUACAGAUAAAUUUCAAAGUAUAUCUUAUUGUGUAACAUAAUAAUAAAUAAAUAAUAUUUUAUUUGAAUUUUUGUUAAGAGAACGCAACGAAUCAUCAGUGAAUUUUUAAGGCAAAAUUUUAAGUUAAAAAUAAUAUGUAUUCUAUUAUUUAGCAUAAAAUAUUACAAAAAUGGAAUUUAUAAAAAUCACUUGACUAUUAUCGAUUGAAACUGCACGCAACAUUUUAUCAAAUUAUCCGUCUUUUCUCUUUUUUUUUUCUUUGUUUCUUUUUCUCGCAAUUAACGAUAUCUUUGUGUUAUAAUGAGCUCGAUUCUAGGCACAAGAGUCUUCCUAACAAAAGUCCAAUCGCAAUGUGUACAAACAUAUUUCGACCCAUCGAAACUGUAACUGAUCGAUGUUCUCUACGUAUUUCACAUAAUACACCGGAUACUUAAUUUAAAUAAUAUCCUUUGUAACUAUCACAGGCUGAGGUCGCUGUAGUUUUAACAAAUAUUUGUUAAUUAAUAAAAAUAGCAAUCAAUAAUGAAAAGCAUUUUGAUCCGAUUGAUGAAUUAUCCAAUAUGUCUAAUAAACAGUGGAAGAAUAGAAAAAAGUGCACGGAGAACGUGUCUAUUUUUCAAUUGUUUUCAUUCUUCUUCGUUUUCACAGUUUUCAUACUUUCUUCGUCGUUCAAUGGUAGUAUCAAUAAAAGUGAGGUAGAAUCCAAUCUGUGAAGAAAGUGAGAAUACAAUUUUUCUAUCUUCCUUAGCUAAGAAUGAGGAUCUACUUUCGCAAAUAAUAAUAUCGUAUGCUAAUUAAAAUUACACGCGGCCUUGACAUAUUCUUAUCGCGAUAAUCAUAUAAAGUAGCGAUGAUAAUAAUAAUAAUAAUAAUAAGAAUAAUAAUAAUAAUAUUAAUAAUAAUUACAAUUGUUUACGAUAAAAUAAUUAUAAUAAUAAUAAUAAUAAUAAUAAUAAUAAAGACAAUAGUAUUUCAAAAUAAUCAUUAGUACAACAAUGAUUAAUGUUUUGCAAUAUAAUGGCUUUAUGUAUUUAUAUAUAUAUAGAGAUUUAUUUAUAUAUUUAUAUAUUUAUAUAGUUGCAUGGUGGGGCAGAGGGUAAGUGACAGCUAUGUACAGUACAUACUUGCCUUAGUUGUACCAUCGUUACGUUUAUACGUAUUUAUAUUCUCGAUAAUCAUAAUCGUAAUGAUACGAUAAUAAUCAAGAACCGUAAUAAACAAUAAUAAUCUGCGACAAUUAAUAAUUAAUAAUAAUGAUAUUAUCGUCAUUUUUAUUCAUAAAAUACCCUAUACUCUCGUGUAGUAAUCGUGUGGUGGUAUCAUAAUAAGAACUAGUAUGCAGUAUGUACGUAAAGAGGAUGUGUUCAACCAGGAUAUGUCGGUGAAAACUAUGGUGUAUCAAGCGUCAACUCUUUUUUCUUCUUUAUAUUUAUAUUAUCUAAUAUAUGUGAUAUAUAUAUCAUAUAUAUAUAUCAUUCACUAUCAUUUAUCGCUUUUUUCGUUUUUAUUUCUCAAAACUACUAUUACAAAAGUGCGUACUCUCGUCUUAUAUUUUAUAGGUACAUACAUGUAUCGGCGUAACCUAUCUACUUGUUCAUUGUCCUUUAUAUUAGAUGUAGCUUUAAUUAUUCUCUUCGAUUUGAGACAAGAUGCGCCAAAAAUAGUGCUGCUACUAGAAAUUAAAUCAUAUUUUCUGUGUAAAAAUAAGCAAUAUCAUGGAGCAAAUUUGUUUCGUAUCACAAAAUCGUUUAUAAUAAUUCGAAGAAAUCAUAAUAUCAUAAAAUAUAUGCCUUUUCUAAUAAGUAAUCGAUUUCUUUCGACAAAUAUUUUUUGACAUUCAAUUAUUUCGUCAUUCAUUUAAAAUCUUGAUUACUCGAAUUUUCAAAAUUUAAUACUUUUAAUAAAAACAUAACCUUAUAUACUUAUACAAAAAAAUUUAUUUAUCUAUAUUUUUCAUGCACUUUUACAAUGUUUUACAAUACAUAUUUUAUUUCUUGAAAAUUAAUUAUGUGCUACUAUUUUACAAUAUUGAAAGUUCAUUUUCUUGAUAAAACUUUGGACCAAAGAAAACUUGCUCCAUGACACAGUCGACCUACUUUUUGACAGAAAAAUAAUUCUGCAACCGGUUGCAGCACAAUUUUCGCUGCAGCCUGCAGUUCCUUCCUUAAAUGGAGCACUACAAUAAUCCUUUUAUUUAACAUUUCACGCACACUCAUACGCACACAAAUUUUUCAAAUAUGCAAAUUCACUCAUACACAUACAUACAUACACACGCGCGUAUUUUUGUUAUAUAUAAUAUACAUAUAUAUGACAUGGUACUUUCUACGCAUCGACGGUAUGUAUAUAGGUAUAUCUUAUCUUUAUCGUCGUGUCGCAUCAAAAUCUUUUGUUCCUCUGAUGAAUUGAUCAUCUAAUUUCUUUUUUUGUUAUUAAUUUCCUGCUUUCUCCUUUCUUCUCUUUAAUUCAUUUUCUUUCUCUUCGAAUAGUACAAUCUUGUUUUCUCUUUUCUUUUUUUCUUGCCGAGGACAACGCGAAACGACACACCGCGAGAAUCCAAUAAAUAAUCCCCAUUUUUCUCUUCUUCCUCUUUUUUUUUUUUUUUGUUUCUAAAAAAAGUUCAUUGACACGCAAUUCAGAACUUGCUUUUUAUUUCUUGAUCUCUCCUUAAUCAAAGCUUUUUAGGCACCGUUCAAGACUCGACCUGAGGAAAAAUAUCAGCAAUAAAAAAUCUUACGUCUGUAUAUAGUACUUACGCCCUAACGAGCCAAUCAAUCUUUCCCCUUUUUUUUCUUUACUUUUCUUUAUUUAUUUUUUCUUUUUUUUUUUUUUUUUUUUUUUUGUUUGAUUUAGUAAAUCCCCAGGUUUAUUGUAGACCAUACAAGUAUUGAUUUUGACCAUUGUAUGUGUACAUGUGUUCUGUAUAGCUUUUAUAUAAUGUUUAUGAUAAAUCGAAUUUCGAUUGCUUCUAUUGAUUAAAAAUCAUUAUUCAAACAAAAAACAAUGGAAUAAUUCCAAUAAAAUUGGGGAAGACGUUAGAAACGGAGAUCUCUGAAAUAUCGCAAGGCGAAACGCGCGAGAAGUUAGCUCAAGAUAGCAAACUCGUUUAUAAAAAUAUCGAUACGCUUCGAACGAAAUCGAACGAAACAUCGUUCGCGAUACUGCUCGUCAAGAAAGGUUAACUUCUUUUCGAAGUUUUUCGCGCGUAUCGCAUAUUGGCGAUUUUCUUUGACUCGACAGCUCUAUAAUUUAAUUAUUUAUACAUUAUAAUGGCAUCAAGGUAUAUAUUCUAUAUUAGCUUUAAUGUGAUUUGAUCUUGUUUGAUUAGAAAAUUGUACCACUUGUUCGUGACAAGUCUCUUGAAACGAUCUUUAUUUUUUAAUUUGAAAAAAGAAACAUCGAGAUAUGAAUUAAUCUUUUGCAAAGAAUUAUAUUUUCAAAAAUGAAAAGAUAAUAUUAUAAAAAAAUAUUAAAAACAUAUUUUUCUAUCUUUAUUUUAAAAUAUCUUAAAAUUACCACGUGACACGCGUCAAGAGGCUCGUUCGGAAAUUCAUCCGGGGUUAAUUCCACGAAAAGCAGUAAUUAGCGGAAGAAAUAUUGCGUGUUACUUUCUACGUUGUACCGCCUCUACGAUAAUCGAUCAUUAACGGGUAAAAAAAUGAAUAUUCGAGAUCGGCGAAAUUAUCGUCGAUGCGGUAAAAAUCGCCUUACACAAGAAAGAAAUAUCUCUAUUAUUUAUUCCUUUCUUUUAUUGCUCUUUUAUUUUCCCCAUUUUCUAAAAUAUAUGCAUCGAACUAACUAAAGUUUGUUAUCCUAAUGAAGAUUUCGUGGCGUUAAAAUACGGAUUGCUUGUGCUUGUUCCUGAUGAUGAUGUUCCUCUAAAGAAGCAUUGAUGUUUGGUUGCACGUACGUAUAAAUCUCGUAACAAAAGAAGAAAGACGUGCGUGUGAACGUGUCGUUCUCGAAGAUAAACGUCGAAAAUAAAAGCCAGUACUAGAAGUGCGUGUCCUUUUUUUUUCUUUUUCUUUAAAUUUUUUUCUUUUUUUUUUUUCUUUUUUUUAAUUCAUCGAAAAUCCAUCGAGUGACUUUAUCGAUAUAAUAUUUUAAUAUCUCUCCGUGGAAUCCGCGGCUCCGCUAUGAAAAAUCCUACGCUAUUUCAUUUUUUUUCGCAGGCCUCUAUAAGACUUACUGGUAGCACGGUAAACCUCUAUAAAAAUAAUAGCUAUCCUACGUAAACGUAUUACAAAAAUAAAUGGCAUUGUACUCUGCUAAAGAAGCAAAAUGGUACAGGCGCAAUGUCGAGCGACGCGAGCAUCGUUUUUUUUUUAAUCGUAUUUUUUUUUAUUCUCCUUCUCCUCCCUCACCCCCACUUCCCCUCCCUCCUCGUUCUUUUCCUCUCUCUCUGUCUUAUCUCGUCCUAACUCUCCCUCCCUUUUUCUUUGUGGAAAAAAAAAAAAAAAAAGAAAAUAUAGAUCAGCCUCGAUAAUAAAUCAAGAUUGAUUUCGCCCCCCCUCCCUUUAAAUUCGUACACCACCCCUCGAUUCACGUGAUCCUUAUCAACGGAACCACCGCUCCCCUCCUCCGCUCUUCGCUGAUUAAUCCACCCCCUGAUCCCUCACUCCUCCACCCUCCACCCCUCACCUACCGACCCACGAAAGUCGAUUUAAUUACAUCACGCGCUGCUCGUACCAGGAGACGAGCGAGAGUAUUAAACGUCCGAGCCAGGGCUAUGCGGAACGGAGUAUCACAAAUGUGUAGGGCCGAUCAGCCAGCACGAUAAAGCACCCAAAGGGUUGAAAGUCGGACCAGGAACUGUUUCGAGCCUCGAGCCGGAUAUCCGCACUGAAUCGACCAACAUGAAAGAAGACGAUGGGUAUUUUUUUUCAAACCUAAAAAUAAUUUCAACAAUUUUGCAAUUAUUCCGAUUAUUUGAGUCGAUCUCGGUUUUUUUUUUUUUAUAAGAUGCAAUUAAAUUAAAUUUCUCGAUGUAUUAUUCGAUUAUUGAAUAAUAUUUCUUCUUUUUUUUUUAAUUUUUGUAGGUACAUGGAAAUGCGCAAUACAACAGAAUAACAAGUUGGAAUUUUAUUUGAUAUUUUUAUUUUUCCUUUUUUUUUUUCCUUUCACUUUUUUUUUUUUUUUCUUUUUUUUUGGGGGGGA